CCUCCUUCCAACUUGACUUCCAACUUCCAAACUUUAUUCCAUCUCGUCUUUCACUUGACAUUGCACAUUGUGGACUCUCCUCUCUCUCCUUCAUCGCCCUCUCCAUCCACCCACCAUGUUCCUCGGCAAGCAAUACCCGUCGGCGACAUAUGCGGAGGUGGUCGCAGACGACCACAACAUGCUCGUCGAAGUGCAGUGGCCGCGCCAAAAACGCGCAUUCUUGGAGUAUCUCCAGCGCGAAUCCAGCGCCAUCGAGCAGGCCGUCAGGUAUCAUUUGUCGCUCUCGUCCCGUGCGCUGUGCACCGUCGCGCCCUUGCGCGAGUGGAGAGGCGGUUCCUUCAACAUGAUGAUCCCCGUGACCGUCCGUCCGCAGGGGAACAAACAUCAUCACGACACGGACGGCGGCUACCGCGUGGCAGUGCGAUGUCCCUGGCCGCAUCGCAUGCACUCGCAGACCUCUCCAGACAUGGCGGCCGAGAAGGUGCGAGGCGAGGCUGCCACCUAUGCAUGGUUGUCCGCCCACGUCCCCAGCGUGCCCAUCCCCCAGUUGCGGGGCUUUGGUCUGUCAGACGGCCGCGCCUUCACUCCACUCGUCUGCUGCUCCUGGAUUCGUCGCGCUUACGAGUCACUUCGACAACGACUACAGCGACUCUUCUUGUUCUUCUCCGCUUCCGCUUCCGCUUCCGCUUCCUCUUCCUCCGCCGCCGCCGAAUACUGGCGACCCUUCUUUCCGUCGAUGGGCCCAGUCCAGCUCCAGACUGGCUACUUCAUCACAGACUUCGUGGAGCGUCGCCAAGGCAGGAUGUUGCACGAGCUGUGGCCUCCUCGAGAACCCGCUGAUCGCCAGAAAAUGUUUCGCUCUCUCUCUAGACUGCUACUUGACCUCAUCGAAAUACCCUUACCUCGGAUCGGAUCAUUCACGGUCCACGACUCUGGUGAGGUGACUCUCAGCGGCCGUCCACUCACGGUUCCCUUGGCUAUGCUGGAAAAUGAAGCCAUUCCCAGUGAGAUCCCCCCGAAUACCACGUAUACAUGCGUCGAGACAUACCUGGAAGAUCUCCUCCAUUGCCAUGAUACCAGGAUGGAACAUCAACUAAAUGCUGUCGAAGGAUUUUACGACGCCGAGGGUCAGCUAGGGACUAUCGUCGCGUGGAAGGCGAUUCGAUCUCAUUUCAUGGAUCGAUCUCUGCGAAACGGGCCGUUUGCCCUGCAGCUGACAGAUCUCCAUCAAUCUAACAUUUUCGUGGACGAUCAGUACAACAUUACUGCUAUUAUCGACCUCGAAUGGACCUGCUCUCUCCCACUCGAAAUGUUGCAGCCCCCGUUCUGGCUUAGCGGUCAUAUCCAGGAUAGUUUUGUCGGAGCCAGUGAGAAGGUUAUCACCAACGAGAAAGCCUUCAUCCCAGCGUCCCGAGAAUUCCUUGAUAUUUUCGGCGAAGAACAAAAGUCCCGUAACCCCUCGAGAAAGCUUCCCUUCAACGCCGAGAGCGUCAUACGUGCAGCGUUCGAAAAGAAGUCGCACUGGUACUUUGCCGGUCUCAAGUACCCUCGUGUAACCUACAGCUUUCUGACCCUCCAUAUUAUACCCAUUUUUGCGCCUGUAGAUCUCUUUCCCAGGCAUGUGUACGAGUUUGAUCCAAUCUUCGCGCGCUACUACACGGCAGAUGCCUCGCAAUUCGUUGACAAGAAAGUGAAAGAAAAGAAGCAAUACGACGAAGCGCUUCUCGAAUUGUUUCCGGAAGAAAAGAAGAAGGCGGAAGCAAAGAAAGCUGAAGAGAAGAAAGCCGAAGAAGAGAAAGCCAAAGAAGAGAAAGCUGAAGAAGGGAAAGCUGAAGAAGGGAAAGCCGAAGAAGGGAAAGCCGAAGAAAAGAGCGUCGAAGAAAAGACAGCUGAAGGAAAGAGCGUCGAAGAAGAGACAGCUGCAGAAAAGACGAGUGAAGAAAACAACAUUGAAGAAAAGAACGCCGGAGAAAAGAACGUCGAAGAAAAGAACGCCGGAGAGAAGAAUACUGAAGAAAAGAACGCCGGAAAGAACGCCGAAGAAAAGAACGUCGAAGAAAAGAAGGCUGAAGAAAAGAAUGCUGAAUAAGACGAUAUUUCUGCCCAGAAUUGCAGCUUCAAAUAUUAAAGCAGUGGGCCGAUGCGGGAGGGCAGCGAAAGAGCUGCUCAGGUGGCCACCGUGUCCUACCAAUAUGUGCCACUUGGGAGAAGCUCUCGAGCCUAGCACUAAUGACAGACAGGAAGACGGACAGUUACACUCGCCAGACACGAUUGAGAGGUUCGCCCAACGCCAAUGCCAGGCAGUUGAACGCGGGCAGAAGAACGCUGGCGGGCCAAAUUGCUUAAAGUGCGGAGUAG